UUAUAUAACCUUUCGGCAAACAACAGAGAUUUAGGGUACAGCAGCGUUGUACCGAAUAUAUUUGGGGAGGUACGAAACAAACAAAUGAUCGUGAUGUGGAAGAUUUUGGUACCAAUUUUUACGGUGGCUUUUGCCAUGACCAGCGCUGGUAUGGUUGGUGGUCCAGUGGAGGCGAACAUAAACGACGAAGGAGUCCAAAAUGCCUUGCAAUUUGCUGUUGUUCAGCACAACAAGGGAACCAAUGAUGUGUACAUCAACAAAGUGGCAAACGUGAUCAAGGUCCAGAAACAGGUCGUUGCAGGGAUGAAGUACAUUUUCACCGUGGAAAUGGCAAGAACCAACUGCAGAAAGGGCGGAGUGGAGACAGAGUGCGAAAUCCACAGUGAUUUAGCGCUUGCCAAGCCCUACACAUGCACUUUUGAGGUCUGGAGCCGUCCUUGGCUGGGCCCACCUCAGAUCAUCAAGAACGUCUGCAAACCUUAGAUUUUCUUGAAUAAGCUUCCACUCUUCCAAUCAGGUUUUGGAUUGCCACGUGUAGUCAUAAUAACAUUAAUAAAUCAUUUUAAAGAAAUCUUUUUUUUAGAUAUGAAGAGAUUAACACUGAUUUUAACAUUGUUCUCUGGCAAGAAUACUGUUACAUUAUUCUCUAGCAAGAGGAUCUACUGACCACCUUUUCUAUAUCCUAUAACUACUAAUACCCGUGGCACUGUUGAACUGUAAACUUAUUGGCCCUUCUCUACCAAUAAAGGUUUUGUUACACCA